GUCGUGCACACCACAACAUCAGUGCUUGUAAAUUCAUGACAUGGCAACAAAAAUCAUCUACUUCACAGUGAAUGGGAGACCAGAGCAGGCUGAGUUCCCAGUGGAUUGUCCUGCCCAGGAUGUCAAAGAUCUUUUCCGCUCUGCAGCGGAGGCCGGACCCCACGACAUCCUGAAGCUGUACAACCCCAAAGGCAACAUCAUCAACAUCUCCCCAGGUCUAGAGCCAAACAGCCCAAACUCCUGCUACAAGCUGGAGGUGGUGGCCGCCGACUGCAACAGUGAGCCGUUAGGUGCGGAGCUUGCUGGUGCACUCGGGUUUGACCUCUCAUCCAUGGAAAAAAGACUGCAGGGCCUGGAGAAGAAAAUCCUGAUCGAGGCUGGAGAGACUCCUGCAGUGGUGUAUGAGAUGAAGAAGCAGGUGGAUUCAUUCCAGAUAAAACUAGAGAGUGUGGAGCAUCUGAGUUGGCUUGGCCUGUUUAAAGACCUGUCUGAGGGAACACACAAGCCCUCCCCCUUCUACCACAAGAGAACCCUGCGGAAAACCAGGGAGGAGUGUGAGCACGUCCGGGAAAAGUUUCUUCAAAUGAGCUCUCUGGAGGUAUCAGAAGAAGUGAGGCAGUACCUUAAAACCCCAACCUUUGAUAACUGGCAGUGGGAGGACGCAGAGAUCAUGGUGCUCCUGCAGGUCAUGUACACAGAUCUAGAUUUCAUAGCGACCUUCAACAUCGAGCCUGAAGUUCUGCAGCAGUUCCUGUUUGAGGUCUACCGCAGAUACAACAACAUCCCUUUCCACAACUUCAAACACUGCUUCUGUGUUACCCAGAUGAUGUACGGUUUGAUCUGGCUGACUGACCUGAGGAGUAAGAUGGACACCAUCGACCUGCUGAUCAUGCUGACCUCUGCAGUUUGCCACGACCUGGACCACACAGGAUACAACAACGCCUAUCAGAUAAACGCUCGGACUGAACUCGCUCUUCGCUACAACGACAUCUCUCCCCUGGAGAACCAUCACUGCGCUGUAGCUUUUGAGAUACUGGAGAAGACAGAGAACAACGUCUUUAGAAAUCUGUCCAUGGAUCAGUACAAACGGAUCAGAGAGGGAAUCAUCAAAUGCAUUCUGGCCACUGACAUGACGAGACACAAUGAGAUUCUCAAUAAGUUCAAGUCCAUCCUGCCUGUUUUUGACUUCACCAACAAGGAUCACAAAGAUGUGCUGAUGAUGAUCCUGAUCAAAGUGAGUGAUAUAUCCAACGAGGCGCGGCCCAUGGAGGUGGCUGAGCCCUGGCUGGACUGCCUUCUACAGGAGUUCUACAACCAGAGUGAUGUGGAGAAGCUUGAGGGUCUUCCAGUGACCCCCUUCAUGGAUCGGGACAAAGUAACAAAACCUUCAUCCCAGACAGGCUUCAUCAGAUUUGUCCUCCUGCCUCUCUUCAUCGAACUGGCCAACCUCUUCCCCUGCCUGGAGCAUCACAUCAUCGACCCAGUGCGGAAGGCUCUGGACUACUACACAGAGAUGGAGAAGGCUCUGGAGAGGGAGAAGCAGAACCGAGCUCAGAGUGAGAACGCAGCAAAGAGCAAGGACUCGUCUGUGGGAGCUCAGAGCUCAGCUGACAGCCACACAGAGGCUGAGUCCUCCAGACCAGACACACACUGAACUGUGGUGGACGACACAUUAAAGAACUGAACACAGGCAAACCCCGUUCAUCUUAUCUAAAGAUUAUAUAACUUUAUAUCGAUUGAAAUGAAUUUGAACCAACAGAACAUGGACUUGACUUGUUUAUGUAAAUUCUGUAUGUUGUUCUGAGCAGUCUGUGCUGUAGUUUUGGUGCAUGCUGUAUGUGAUGUAAUCUGCUGGUACUGGACCUCACAAUGAAAAGUUUCAAUAAUAAAAUAUUGUAUUUAUGCCAUGGUGACCUCACAAAACAUGGUUUUGGCAUUGUGAAAACAACAUCUUGAGAACUCCUCCUGGGAAUCCCUUUUAAUUUGGUACAAAUGUUCACGUAAACUUAAGGAUGAACUGAUUAGAUUUUGAUGGACAAGGUUGCAGUGACCUCACUAAACACGUUUUUGCCCAUAACUCACAAAUUCAGCAGAUGGGGCUACUCAGUUGUCAUGGAGAAAAUUUGAAUAAUACAGUCAAAGAUCUGAGGUUUUAUUGACAAACCCACUACACUGAAAUAUGUUCCACCAAACUGAGAGGUGUUGAGUCAGCUGUAUUUUUACAGGGUGUAGUUUGUGCUGCUGUUGAACUGGACUGCGUUAUUCUGAGAGGUGUUCUAGUUAGUAUAAUUGAAAAGAAAAGGGUGGACAAAAUAACACAAACAACCGUCAGAAUAACAAUACAGUUUACUCAGUUACAGUUUUAGCUAAGUGUACCUAAUGACCUGGCAACUGAUUGUAUUCUCCACUUGUGGUGUUGCCAUUGACUCAUUCACUUUACAUAAUUUUGAAUUAUUACUUUCUGCAGAGUGAAAGCGGCUGUAAUUCUGUGUUUAAUUACUGUCUGAGAAAAACUGCAACAUGAAGUAAAUGUACUAAUCUUCGUGUAUUUUCUGCAAGAAAUGCAUAAGGAAAGUGUGUGAGAAAUGCAGUGUGAUUAAUCUGAUUAUAGCAGGAUAUAUACAGCACAUAUUUAGUUUAGUUAGUUGCCAUCCAGCCUUAAAUGUCCUUGAAUCCCUAGAUUUUAGUGUGAGGUAAAGCUGUG